AUGAACACAAAUAUAAGUAAUAACAACCAAUUAAACUAUAACGACACUUUAUACACACAAUUUAACAACAGCCCCGUUGAUGGAGUAAAUAUCGGCCCAAAUAGAAUAAGAAGAAACUCAAGUGUACCUGUGGUAUUUUACAGAAAUGAUCAAAUUUCAAGAAGAAACCGAAAUAAUGAGACACUCUCAGCCAAUCGCUAUCCAAUGCCAAAUAGGCAACUCUCAUCACCAAUUCAUUCCAACGUUCAUUACUACCCAUUUUACUCAAUAAAUUUGAUGAAUCGGCACACUGAAAUAAUGAGAAUACAUGAAGAACUUUCAAGAUAUCAUAAUGUUAUUCAAUCAAGAUUACUGAGCUCACCAAGAUUCAAUCCCACCAACACCAAUAACUCUGUGAAUACUAUUAAUACUAUCAAUACUGUUAAUAGUAUAAAUAUGGCUAAUAAUUUGACACCGAGAAAUAUGGUUGGAAAUGAUUAUAUUUACAUAACGAAUAAUGUAUAUAGUGGAAGUGGUUUGGGUAGUUCUAGGGUUAACAGCUUAGAUACACGCAGUUUCUCCCGAGUUAAUAGUGACUUGUCGCACUUAAACCAGGCACAAAUUUCCACAAUUCCAACGCAGUCGAUCAAUUUGGUAGAACCCAUCGAAGUGCAGUUACCGCCUGAAAUUUUGGAAUCGUUCCCUGUAAACCUUUUCACGGGCGAUUCUGGAGAACUUGACGAGAGUCUGAGGUCCUGCUCAGUUUGUCUUGAAGAAUAUCAACAAGGAGACGAAAUCAGACGACUGCCAUGUACACACUCAUUCCACAAACGAUGCAUCGACACUUGGCUUAAAAAAAGCACAAUUUGCCCUAUUUGCAAAUUCAACUACAUUAUCAUGAUGCAGAUUUAA